UACUUUAGUACGAAAAAAAUUCGGUAAGUAAUAUACGCCAACAUGAUUUAUAUUAUAUUACUUAUUAUGUCAUACAUAGGUACCGGCGAGAGUGACCCUAAAUCUGAUAAGACAAAUGCAGCAAAUCUUUAUCUUCCGUGCCGUAACUAAUAUUUCACAACAGUUUCUGAAAAGAAGUUCCCAUUCCAUUUUGUUGUUGCAUCACAUACCGAAAAUGAAAAUCGUGAUUUUUGGAUCCACUGGCAUGACUGGCCUUUGUGCAGUCGAAGCAGCUGUUAAAAAAGGCUACCAUGUCCGAGCUUUCGUCAGAGACGAGGCGAGGAUGCCAGCAGAAUUGAAAGACAAGGUGGAACUCUUCGUUGGCAAUGUAUUGGAGCCAGAUUCCGUAGCUGAUGCCGUCGACGGCAUGGAUGGCGUUGUGGUAGCCCUCGGCACCAGAAACUCUCUGGAACCAACUUCCGAUAUGUCUGAAGGCACGAAAAACAUCAUAGAGUCAAUGAGAGCUAAGAACGUGAAACCUUUAUCUGUUUGUUUGUCUGCCUUCCUGUUCUACGAGCCUGAGAAGGUCCCACCAAGGUUUGUGGAUCUGAAUGAAGACCACAAGAGGAUGUACGAGGCUGUGAAGGAAAGCCCUCUCAACUGGAUUGCUGUGUUCCCCCCUCAUAUCGCUGAUGAGCCGAGCCGUGAGGUGACAGUGACCAUCAACCCUACCAGUUCUCCAGGACGCACUAUUUCCAAGAGAGACCUGGGCACCUUCCUCGUUGAGUCACUAUCUGAACCUAAAUACUUCAAAUCUGUCAUCGGUAUUGCUAAUAAGUAAAAACAUUUUAUUUAUGUAUAAGUAGCUACCUGGACUAAGAAAAAUACCCAAAAGUGCCAUUUUGCAACUCAGAAAUGUUAUACCAAACUUGAGAAUUUGUACGCCACUAGAGGCGCUGGCGUCGCAUUAGAUCCGUUUACUGUUAAGCCUCGAUAAUGUAGUUUCGCACAUUUGAAUGGGCCCUAGGUCAUUUAUGUUGGUAUAUGAUACCGAAAACUACAAAAAUAAAUGUACAAACAAUGUUAUCAUCAUUUUGCUAAGUAGCAAUACCUAUUCUUAGUCCGGUGUUUAAAAAAUUCAAUACAAUAUGCAAAUUAUUAUUUAAAACAACUUUACAAAAAUGUUAACAAUACAUUGUUGUAACCCAAUAUUGUUUUUCAUUAAUUUUAAAUUCGUAUGAACACGCGUCCGCUGACGGCAUUUAUAAUGUGUAUAUUUCUGUGUCAUGUUUUAUUAUUAUUAUUAAAUACACGGAUUCCCUCAUAUU